UUAUUACGCUGUGUGGAUCUCUGGUGAAGAGAUUGUUUAUUUUCUUGUUUUCAUUGAUUUUUUUCAAUUAAUUUAGUUUAUUUGUUGUUCGAAAUCCAAAAUGAGUUCUAGUGAACGAGAUGAUGAUAAUGGACCAUCAUUGAGUUUUGCUAACUUUCUUUUUGGAAACAUUGAUUCAAAAGGUGAUCUUGUUGAUGAUUUUUUGGACGCUGAUACUCGUAAACAAUUGCGGCAACUUGAACAGCUUGGGGUUGGUGGAAGUUUAUUAAGUGAAUUGAAAAAAGAAGCCAAAAUUAAAGAUGAUGAUGAUGAUGAGGACGACGACGAAGACGAGGAUGAAGAUGAAGAUGAAGACGAUGAAGAGAAAUCAUCUAAGAAAGUGUCAAAAUCGGAUGAAUCAAAGUUAUCUGAUAAACAGGACGAUAAGUCACAAUCAAAUGAUGAAGAUGUUGAUUUUGAGGGAAAAUCGUCUACAGCUGUUGACUAUUCAGACAUCAAUGAAAUGGUUGAUGAUGAAGAAGAGAAGUCUAAAGAAACUCUUAAUAUAUUACCUUUCAAGAUGCCCACUGCUCCUGUUAAAGCAAUCGCACGACCUAAACCUUUAGAAGAUGAUGAUUAUGAUGAUUCAUCCUCCGAUGAAAAAGAUUCAGAUUCUACAAGCAAAGAGAAGGAUUCAGGGGAUAAUGAAAAGAGUUCUUGCCUUUCACCGAAUAGUCAAAGCAAAGAUACUUCAAAUAGCAGUAAAAAGAAACUGGACACUCCAUUAGCUGCUAUGUUACCUUCCAAUUAUGAAGAUUGUGAUGUGACCGAUUUAUUUCCCGAAUUUCGACAUAAAAAGGUUUUACGAUUUUCCCGCUUAUUUGGUCCUGGGAAAUUGGCAAAUCUACCACAGAUUUGGAAAAAUGUUAAAAGUAAAAAAGAUCGUAGAAAAAUUCUUAAACUCAUGGCAAUGCAAAAUUCUGAGGACAUGAAAGAUUUAGAUAUGUCCGGUGAUGAUGAAGAAAAAGAGAAAGAAUUUCAACUUCUUAUUCCAACAACAAUUGACCCCAGUCAACUUGAUUCAGAUGAUGAAGAAAGACUCAAAGGACCAAUGGAUUUGAUAGAUAGUUCUAAUCGUGAUGGAAAUGGUUCCUCUGAUGAACAUAAACCCAAAAUCGCCGAUUGGAGGUAUGGACCAGCUCAACUUUGGUAUGAUAUGCUUGGUGUUCCCGAUGCAGGAGAUACAUUUGAUUAUGGUUUUAAAACAGUUGAAGAUCUUCGCAGAAAUCGUUCAUUAAAUAUCGACUCUUGUGGUGAAUCAUUGAAUGGUGAUAGUUCAAGAAACAGUGCCGAUGAUCCUGAUGAUUGUUUUCAUAUGGUUACUCAAAUGCAAUGGGAAGAUGAAAUCAUCUGGAAUGGUGAAGAAAUCAAACAAAAGGUUCUUGCCAAGUUGAAUGAUAAAUAUCACGCAGCCGGAUGGGUACCAAGUGGUCAUUCUCGAACUGCAUCUGCAUUUACACAACAAGUUCGUGGUACAUCAAUUGGUACACCGAUUCCUAAACCACAAUCUCUCUUGAGUAAUACUCCUGUUAGUUCAAAGAGUCAACGUGGAGCGGAUAAGCAAAAGAAUGAAAUUCAAGAACAAGAAAAAGAUGAAACUUGGUAUUCGAUUUUUCCAGUCGAAAAUGAGGAAUUGGUUUAUGGUCUUUGGGAAGAUGAUAUUAUUUGGGAUGCUGAAGCGAUGUAUAAGAUUCCUGAGCCACGAAUUCUCACCCUUGAUCCUAACGAUGAAAAUAUUGUCCUUGGAAUUCCCGAUGACGUUGAUCCAAGUGCAGUUCGACCCAAAGAAGCUCAACCCAUUCCACUUAAAGAAAAGAAAGAACAUCAUUUGAGAAAAUCUCGUAUUCUUUUAGGAAAAGCUGGUGUAAUUGCAGAACAAGAACCCGAUUCACCUCCUCCUCCUCCCACCACCGAAAAAGAUCCAUUCAACAUAUCAAACGAUGAAUAUUACAAUCCUAAAUUAACCCAAGACACCGCUCUCAAGCCAACUGUUGGUGGUAAUCUUAUUCAACAUUCAAUUCCCGCUCUUGAAUUACGUCAACCUUUUUUCCCCACCUUUAUGAAUGCCUUCAAAUUACGGACCUUCCAUCGUCCUCCUAUGAAAAGAUUUUCUCAUGGUGUAAUUGCCGAUACUUUACCUCACGGAGUGAUCCCGUUGCUUAAACAUAUGAAGAAAAAGGCCAAACAACGUGAACAAGAACGUUUAGCAUCCGGAGGAGGUGAAAUGUUCUUCAUGCGAACUCCUGAAGAUUUAUCGGGAAAAGAUGGUGAUCUGAUUCUCUGUGAACACUCAGAGGAACAUCCACCUCUCAUGAUGCAAGUCGGAAUGGCAACUAUGAUAAAGAAUUAUUAUAAAAGAAAACCUGGUAAAGAUGGAGGAACUCCUAAUUAUAAAUAUGGAGAAUUAGCCUAUGCCCACACUUCACCUUUUCUUGGUAAUUUAGCUUUAGGGCAAACUCUCCAAGCCUUGGAAAAUAAUCUUUUCCGUGCACCGAUUUACGAGCAUAAAAUGCCAGAUUCUGAUUUUCUUGUAAUCCGAACUCGAAAUAAUUAUUUCGUUCGUGAAGUAGAAACCAUUUUCACCUCUGGUCAAACUCUUCCUUUGUUUGAAGUUCCUGGUCCUAAUUCUAAAAAAGCUAAUAAUUUUAUCAGAGAUUUUCUGCAAGUUUUCAUUUAUCGUUUAUUCUGGAAAAGUAUUGACUCUCCUCGUCGAAUCAAAAUGGAAGAUAUCAAAAAAGCUUUUCCCUCACAUUCUGAAAGCUCAAUUCGUAAACGGCUGAAACUUUGUGCUGAUUUCAAGCGAACUGGUAACGGUCUCGAUUCCAACUGGUGGGUUCUCAAGCCGGAAUUCCGUUUGCCAACUGAAGAUGAGAUGAGAGCGAUGGUUUCUCCUGAACAAUGUUGUGCCUAUUACAGUAUGUUAGCUGCUGAACAGCGUCUCAAAGAUGCUGGUUACGGUGAGAAGUCCCUAUUCGCAGCAGAAGAUGAAAACGAUGAAGAAUUACAAUUAAAAAUGGACGAUGAGGUAAAGGCAGCACCUUGGAAUACAACAAGAGCGUUUAUUGCCGCCAUGAAAGGAAAAUGUUUACUUCAAUUAAAUGGUGUCGCAGAUCCAACAGGUUGUGGGGAAGGUUUUUCGUACAUCCGUAUACCCAAUAAGCCUCAAAUAUCCAAAGAAGAUGGUCCAAAAGAUCCGACCCCUAAAAAGACAGUCACUGGUACCGAUGCUGAUUUACGUCGAUUGCCACUUAAUCAAGCUAAAAAUCUACUUCGUAAAUUUGGUGUUCCUGAAGAUGAUAUUAAAAAGUUAUCUCGUUGGGAAGUUAUUGAUGUGGUUCGAACUCUGUCAACUGAAAAAGCAAAAGCUGGUUCAGAACAAAUGUCCAAAUUCGCUCGUGGUAAUCGAUUCUCAAUAGCUGAACAUCAAGAACGUUACAAAGAAGAGUGUCAAAGAAUAUUCGAACUACAAAAUCGAGUUCUAUCAUCUUAUGAAAUUCUAUCAACCGAUGAUGAAGAAUCUGAAGAGGAAGAUUUGGAAAUUGAAGAGAUGGGUAAAAAUAUCGAAAACAUUAUUGAAAAUAAAAAAACGAGUCAAGAAUUAACGCUCGAGAAAGAAGAGGAAGAACGUAAAGAACUUCACAAGUUGAUCAUGGGCGAAGAUUCUAAUUUAGAUGGUGAAAAUCCUCGAUCAUCAAAAAAGAAAUCAAAGAAUGCCAAAGAUGAAGGUGCCGAUGAUUUCUCCAACUUGGCCGCAAACAAAGGUCGACUUUUGAAAAUUUAUCGAACCUUUAAAAAUCCUCAAGGAAAAGAGUACGUACGAAUUGAAACAGUUCGUAAACCAGCAGUUAUCGAAGCUUAUGUGAAAAUAAGGGAAACCAAAGAUCCGGAAUACAUUAAACGAUUCGCAAACACUUUAGAUGAACAACAAAAAGAAGACCUUAGAAGGGAAAAACGUCGAGUUCAAGAACAACUGAGAAGAUUAAAACGAAAUGCCGAAAGGGAAAAUGUUCGACUUGAGAAAAGAGGUGGCAUAGGUGGAAGUCAAAAUCUCAGUGCUCUUGGGAUCGAAAGGAGUAAUACUUUCGGUAUGGGCCCGUCAAGUUCAUCUAGUUAUUUACCUGAUAAAAGUUUUAAUCAAGAUUCGAUGGACACAGCUGAUUUCUCAGUGACCUCUCCACUUUCAUCUAAAGGUUAUGAACCUUCAAAGAAAAAGUUUAAAAAGGAAAAACAUAACCCUAAGGUUAAAUGUGGUGCUUGUGGUGCUCAAGGUCACAUGAAAACAAAUCGCGCUUGUCCCUUAUACAGAGGAAGCGAUGGUUAUCCAUCUCUCAAUGUGGCCAUGACUGAUGAACAAAUGGAAGAAGAGGAAAACACUGGUCUCGAUGACGAUGAUUUAGUCAAAGUUGAUGAGACUCGUGUCGUUUUGUCCAAAUCAUUGAUCAAACACGCAGAAGAGGUUCGUCGAAAGGCAAUGGUGUUAAAAAUACCCAAAGAUGCUGUUGGAAUGAGACGUCGCCGCCGAGCUGGAACAACCGAACAUUGUGAUUACCUUCAAAAGCCGGAAUAUCGAAGUGCAAAUCGUCGUCGAACCGACCCCUUGGUUACACUUUCCAUUAUUUUGGAAAACAUUUGCCUAGAAAUGAGGUCGAUGGAGGGAACAGAAUUAUUCUGGACACCUGUUAAUUCACGAAAAGUACCUGAUUAUUCCAAUAUCGUUAAAAGACCAAUGGAUAUUCAAACAAUCAGGAAAAAAGUUCGAGACAAGCAGUAUAAAAAUCGUGAACAAUUUCUGUAUGAUGUAAGAUUAAUGUAUGAAAACUCCGUCCUUUAUAACGGUAAAGUUAGUAUACUGACCACGGCCGCUCAAAGAAUGUUGGAAGCAGCAGAAAAAAGACUGGAAGAAAAGGAAGAUAAAAUAGCCAUGUUGGAACGAGCAAUCAACCCACUUUUAGAUAAUGAUCAAGUUGCUUUCUCUUUCAUCUUGGAAAAUAUUGUCACCGAAAGAUUGAAAACUAUUCCGGAAUCUUGGCCUUUCCAUAAACCAGUGAACAAAAAGUUUGUCAAAAAUUAUUACGAAGUAGUUAAAAAUCCAAUUGAUUUGGAUACAAUUAUUGUUAACAUACGAGAGCACAAAUACACUUCAAAGGAUCAAUUUUUAUCAGAGGUCGAGUUGAUCUUUAAGAACAGUGCUCUUUACAAUGGAGCCGAUAGUGUAUUCACCAAAAAGGCGGAGGAAAUUUAUGAAUCAGCUAAGGUGGCGAUCGACGAACAAGCUGACCAAUUGACCCAACAUGAACUAGCAAUCAAAGAGACCAAAGAAGCUGCAAUGGAUGCCGCUGAUUCCGAAUCUGUGAUGACAGGAGGUCUAUCUAAUCCAGCCAAUGAUGAGACCAGUUCAUUGCCCGAUGUCAGCGAUCGGCCCGAUAGUUCAGCCGCCAUGAGCCAUAAAGAUGAUGGUGACAUGUUGGGCUAUUUUGAUGAAUCAAGUCGAAGCAGUUUCACCGCCAGUACCAAGCGAUUGUUGCGUCGACAUGUUGACGGAAGUGAAGAUAACAGUGAUGAAGAUUGUGAUAAUCAUGAAAUGCAAAUGAUGUCAAUCAAUUUAACUCAAGCUCAACCUGUUGCACCAGAAGAUAUAAUUGAUGAAAAUUAUGAUCCAUCAGAAUUUUUAUUAGAAAAAUUCAAUAAACCUCAAGCUCAACCUGCCGAUGAUAAACAACAACCACUUUCACCACCAUCACCUCAACAUGAUCCACAACAAGAACAACCCUCACCUGAACCAAAUUAUUCCAUCGAUUUUGAUAAAGAUACAACUUCUGCUGGACCAAGUUACAUCGAUUCCAAAGAACAAGAUCAACCUGACGAAGAAAUGGAAAAAACGGAAAACACAAACAACGAAAAUGAUAAUGAUAAUGAAGACGAAUCAGAUAUUUGGUUCUAAUCGAGCAAUAAAUAAUCAUAAUCGUCUCUCCCUCUAAAUUGUAUAACUCAUCCAAUCACCAAUCAUCACCCUCAUCAUAUAAAUAGCACAAGAUCAAACAUCAUCUCAUCAAAUGUACUAAUCACUUUAAAAUUAUCAAUGGAAACAAAAUACUAUCAGCAAAAAAAAAACUUAAUCAAUUGUUUAAUCAUUUCAAAAAUCUCCAUUGUCUAAAAUAUCACCUCUCUCUCUCUCUCUCUCUCUCUCUCUCUUCCUCCUUUUUCCUUUGUGAAUUUUUUUUCUUUAAAAAAAGAAAAUUUUAACUGCAAUUAAAAGUACAAUUUUCAAUACCAA